GGGCCAGAGGCGCUCCGAGGCGGCGGCGGAGGUGGAGGCUGAGGCUGAGGAGCGGGGAACGGGGCCCGGCGGACCGGAGACCCGGGCGAGCGGCGGCGGCCCGAGGGGGGUCCCUUAAAAAAGUAGAAUACAACCUAGAGAAAACAAAGCCGAGAAGGGAGCCCCCUCUCUGUGAACGCAUGCUGUGGCUGCUGCACGUCUGUCCGCUACUGUAAUAUUAUAAAGGAAGACUUCCAUUUAGUACUUUAGUGUAUAAUCAGUGCAAGCAAAAUUAAGGAAAAAUGGAUGUAGAAAAUGAGCAGAUACUGAAUGUGAACCCCACUGACCCUGACAAUUUAAGCGACUCUCUCUUUUCUGGAGAUGAAGAAAAUGCUGGCACUGAGGAAAUAAAGAAUGAAAUAAAUGGAAAUUGGAUCUCCGCAUCUACUAUUAAUGAAGCUAGAAUUAAUGCAAAAGCAAAAAGACGACUGCGGAAAAAUUCAUCCCGGGACUCUGGCCGAGGAGAUUCAGUCAGUGAUAAUGGAAGUGAGGCAGUUAGAAGUGGAGUUGCUGUGCCCACCAGUCCAAAAGGAAGGUUGCUAGAUAGGCGGUCCAGAUCUGGGAAAGGAAGGGGGCUGCCAAAGAAAGGUGGUGCAGGAGGCAAGGGUGUCUGGGGCACACCUGGACAGGUAUAUGAUGUGGAGGAGGUGGAUGUGAAAGAUCCAAACUAUGACGAUGACCAGGAGAACUGUGUUUAUGAAACUGUAGUUUUGCCCCUGGAUGAGACGGCAUUUGAGAAGACUCUAACGCCAAUUAUACAGGAAUACUUUGAGCAUGGAGAUACAAAUGAAGUUGCGGAGAUGUUAAGAGACUUAAACCUUGGAGAGAUGAAGAGUGGCGUGCCGGUGUUGGCAGUGUCCUUAGCCUUGGAGGGGAAGGCCAGCCACCGGGAGAUGACAUCCAAGCUGCUUUCUGACCUUUGCGGGACAGUGAUGAGCACGAAUGAUGUGGAAAAGUCAUUUGACAAGUUGCUGAAGGAUCUCCCUGAGCUAGCCUUGGACACUCCUAGGGCACCGCAGUUGGUGGGCCAGUUUAUUGCUAGAGCUGUUGGAGAUGGAAUCUUAUGUAAUACCUAUAUCGAUAGUUACAAAGGAACUGUAGAUUGUGUACAGGCUCGAGCUGCUCUGGAUAAGGCUACUGUGCUCCUGAGUAUGUCUAAAGGAGGGAAGCGUAAAGAUAGUGUGUGGGGAUCCGGAGGCGGGCAGCAGCCUGUCAAUCACCUUGUUAAAGAGAUUGAUAUGCUGCUUAAAGAGUAUUUACUCUCUGGAGAUAUAUCUGAAGCUGAACACUGCCUUAAGGAACUGGAAGUACCUCAUUUUCACCACGAGCUUGUAUAUGAAGCCAUUGUAAUGGUUUUAGAGUCAACUGGAGAAAGUGCAUUCAAGAUGAUCUUAGAUUUAUUAAAAUCCUUGUGGAAGUCUUCUACUAUUACCAUAGACCAAAUGAAAAGAGGUUAUGAGAGAAUUUACAAUGAAAUUCCAGAUAUUAAUCUGGAUGUCCCACACUCAUACUCUGUUCUUGAGAGAUUUGUGGAGGAAUGUUUUCAGGCUGGAAUAAUUUCCAAACAACUCCGUGAUCUUUGUCCAUCAAGGGGAAGAAAGCGUUUUGUAAGUGAAGGAGAUGGAGGCCGUCUUAAACCUGAGAGCUACUGAGCACAGCAACUCUUACAGUCUUAGGUGUUACCAAGAACAGAUCUCAAUUGUAAGAGUUGUCAGUACAGGCUUUCUGUUUUCUUUUUCUUUUUUUUUUAAGAAUUUGUUUUGGGUACAAGGCAUUUCUAAAAUUUUAUAAACUUACGUUUAAUGGGAUUUUUUGAAGUAUUUUCUUUUCUUUUUUUUUUUUUUUUUUUUUGAGGGGAAAUUAAUGGAAGGACAGAAGAGUAACCACCUAAGUGUGGGGUGUUCUGAUAAGCUACUUUCUAAGUGCCAUGUUUAGGACCUGAUCAUUCCAAGUUUCACGGUCAUGUAUGACUGCCCCUCCUUUCUUUCAAGGACAGUGUUUUUUUGUAGUAAAAUCACUGGUUUAUUCAGAGCUUUAGUUAGGGGUGAAGUGAAGCUACUCUACCCCGUGUUGGCUGCUGCUGUGGAAAUGCUGUGCUUUGAGAGUAAACACACACACACACACACACACACACACACCCACCCACCCACCCAGCUUUUUGUUUUAAAGAAUUUUUAAAAAAACGAGUUAGUCAUGAGACUUUUUCAUCUUUCCAGGGAACAUAUUGAUUGGUCUUAAAUAUUAGACAGUUAAGUAAGUAAAUGGUGGCUGGAACAUCUAUUUUUCUACAAAACUGGAAAAACGAACCCGGUUCUACAAGAAUGUACAACAAAAUAAAACAUGUGAAACUGUUGAUUCUUUA